ACAUGAAAGAAAAAAAAACACGUAAACGGGAAAGUCCUUCUCAAAACUUGAUCCGACCAAGUCAAAAGCAGUUUUUAUUUGUAUUUUCACUAAAACUCAAGCGAGAAACGAAAUUAUCAUGGCUUCCAUACCACUGAUGAUGGCACAAGAUGACUGUGAACUUGGAGGAAAGGAAAAUAUAGAGGAUGACUUUGCCUACCGCAACAAUGUGUUGAACGCUGACAGGGAGAUACGACUAGCUUUCGUCCGCAAAGUCUAUGGCUUGCUGUCUGUACAACUCCUUGCUACUGUGGCCAUUUCUGGAGUAUUCCUCCUGGUUAAGCCAGUGCAAGGUUUUAUCCAUGAGAACACUUGGAUGGUGGGCCUGGCGUUUAUCCUGAGCAUGGUGACGCUCAUCGCACUCAUCUUCAAAAGGCGAGACCACCCAGCCAACUUGUACCUACUCGCUGCAUUUACUGUGGUCCAAGCCUACACUGUGGGCACUAUAGUGUCGUUCUACAACACCGCUGUGGUGCUUCAAGCGCUUGGUCUCACGUUUGCCGUCGUGUUCGCUCUGACUCUGUACACACUCAACACUAAGCGAGACUUCACAUUCAUUGGAUAUGGGUUGGUGGCCGGUCUGUCAGUGUUGCUUAUCGGUGGUUUCCUUCAGAUUUUCAUCCAGAGCUCUGCCCUAGAGAUGGCCCUGGCCUUCUCCGGAGCGAUUCUGUUCAGCUUCUUCCUCAUCUUCGACACGCAAAUGAUGAUGACAACUCUCUCGCCCGAGGAGUACAUACUGGCCACUAUCAACCUAUACAUGGAUAUCAUUAACCUAUUCUUGCAUAUACUCAGGAUUUUGAAUGAAAUGAAUAAGUAAACGCGUAAUUUUGGACUAUAGCGAAUGAGCGACUUUGUUAAAUGGACGCGAUAGCUGUCGUCAAUGAUAAUAUUUAUUUAGAACAUUGAAAUAUCACAUAUUACCGUAUGCUAGUGACUUCGUUCCCGUGUACAAAUACCUACAAAUACUGUUGAAAGGAAUCUGCAUGCAAACAGGCAGGCGGGCGCGGUAGAACACUUUGUUUUAUAAUAUAUAAGGAUUGAUUGAUUUAAAACUUUAUACAUUUAUAUUGAUUUAAAAUUUUAUUUAUACUUUAUACGAAUACAGCUAAAAGUUAAGUCUAAAACUACAAUACCGAUUCCAAAGACAAUACAGAAUAACAUAAUUAUAUAUAUUGACGGCAACUUUGACAUCCAUUUCCCAUAUAAUUCCAAAGAUUUCAUUCCUAUAGCGAGAGAAAUAUGAAUAACGUCCUUCACUCACUAAAUUACUACUUAAAUAUUUUCAUCCCUAUUCCAAGAUUUGUGAACUUUUAAAUGUUUUGGUGCAUUUUCAUAAAAUAUAAGACGAACUUAUGUCCCGUGUUGAAGUGUAUAUGUCUUUAAUAUCAGAUUUUGUCUGUUAUAAGUCUAUGUCACAAGACAUGCAGAAAUUGACGUUUGGUUUGUUAUUUUACGUAUCAGUAUUUUUUUAUUAUAAUGUAAUUUAUCCAAUAUUUUUCAAAAUUUUAUUAUAACAAGAUAUAAAACGUUAUGUUGUAAUUAUGUAAAAAGCAAAUUGUUUCACAAUUUAUUACAUUUAGAUGUGCAAUGAAAAUAUAUUAAAUUGUCCAAAUGCUUUUAUUAUUUUUAGACUAUUUCCCUAAAUCGAUUGUAAAUAGCGACAAUGGCUGUGAACAAAAUUGUGUAAAUAUGGAACUAAAAAAAAAUUGACAAUAGAAAAAUUUUGAAAAGAAAAAAAUAAUUUUUAUAUUUAUAAUAUUGUUAAAAUUGACUCGUGAAAUUGUUCUUAAUUUUCUCAUUCCUUUUCCAAUAACUUUUAGUAUAUAGGAACACAAAAUGUGUACUUUGUUGACUUGUGAAAUAAAUAUUUAUGUAUAUGA